AUGGUGAGCAAGCAAGACGGCGAAGUGGGAUUGUUUGACGAAUCGGUCUGCUUUGUGCAGCUUUGCUGUGCAGCAGAUGCGACACAGUUUUGCCUUGAGGACCAGAGGGCACAUUAUGAGAAAGCUCUGAAGGAGCAGCAAGAACUUUAUGAAAAAGCUCUGAAGGAGCAAAAGGAAAGUUAUGAAGAAGCUCUGAAGGAGCAACGAAAAUUUUCCAACGGAGAUGCAAAGGACCCUGAAGGGCCGGCUAACGCACCUGAGGUCGACUUGGUCUUAACACUGAAAGAGCAUCCAGCUGUGCUGCGCGGCGCUCAAAUACCCUUCUUCGGCCGCAUCAACGUGGAUGCGCGCAAUUGCUGGGCGUCUUUCCCUGGCAAGUAUACCUCGGGAUGGGAGGCUCUGACUCACUUCGAACGAGACUCCGUGGCUUGCGUUUUUCCUUGUUCCGAAGAAGAUGGUUUCGGGAAACAUGCACCUGAUCCCACGAAGCGGGGCAGAUGCAUGUGCUUCCGCAUCUAUGGGCAGCAGAAGCUCUGUGGGUGCUAUUGGUAUAUCCGAUGGCUGGACAAUAUCCAAAAGGCUGUUAAGCUCGGACAGCGACUAAAGGUUGCUUUUUUUGCCGGACAAGUAGGGAAGGGCAAAGUCUCCCUGGCAGAUAUUCCCCAUUCGAACUUAUCGGAUGGGGUUGGCUUGGGAGGCUCACAGAAAGGGGAAGUGGCCACUCUGGAUGAGCUUGGCUAUGAGUAUGAUCAGGUUGAUGUUACAACCCUGCUUGAAGACCUUUUCCUGAAGAAGGUGGUCGAUGCAUGGCACGCACCAGAUGCAAUUUCCGGUUGCUGGCGGAGGGGCACAGUCGUGAAGCUGGUCACACGAAAUUGCCCUGAUGGAUCAGACGAGAUGAUGGUACAUUGGAAAAUUCGAUGCAGCAUGACAGGAACCUCUUUUCUUUCACUUCAUUUACGUGAUCCUGCCUUGGCAAUGCAACGGCUGUGUUCUCAUAUAGGUCAUGACAGCAUGACCAAGAAACUGAGACUGGCCAUUUGCCUCACAGGCAUCGACAUUCGCACACUUCAUACAUGCAAGCUACCUUCAGGGGAGUCCGGGCUUAUCGCAAAGCUUACCAUCACGGAUCUUGGUUCACUUCAUCGACUGCAGGGCCGCGUGCUUGACGGAACUUUGGAGCAGGAGAUUUGCCAAGAAUUAGGCGGAAAAGAAGUUGCUCAACUUGCGGUGGACAAAGCCAUGUUCCUGAGCACAACGACGAUAGCCUCGAUCUCUGAAGAUGUGGAGCACCUGGCCGUCACAAAUGUGGCGUGCGCCUCCACAGAUCUGCGAGGUGCUCACAGCAAAACAGUCUUCUUGACCUGA